CCUGUCCGGGGAAUCCGUCCCGAUCCGUUGUGCAACCAGACCCGUCCAGUUUUCCCCCAGCAAGCAUGGGAGUAAUUGCGUUGACGACGGCGACGCUGCACGGGGAAUCGGGGAGAUGUUAAUCGAUUCCUUUUCCUCUGGAUUCCGGCUCUCCUUUUCCCGCACUAUAAAAUCCGGGGCAGCGGCCGGAAUCCGCAGAAAUCGCUGUCAGAAGGCCCUGCACUCAAACUCCACAGGAGGAGGGGGGCGAUAGAAGCAACGGGCCGCCGGCGAUGUCGUCGUCGUGGAACUCGGUGGGGCUGGAGGUGCUCUACCAGGUCAUCGGGUGGAUCGCCUUCGUGGCCUGGUCCUUCAGCUUCUACCCGCAGGUCGUCCUCAACUACAGGCGCAAGAGUGUCGUCGGUUUGAACUUCGAUUUUCUGGUGCUGAAUUUCACAAAGCACUCUUCCUACCUCAUAUACAAUGCUGCUCUAUUCUUCAGCCCCUUCAUCCAGAAACAGUAUCAUGACAAGUUUGGUGAUAAAGAGAUGAUUCCUGUUGCUGCAAAUGAUGUUGCUUUCUCUCUACAUGCAGUGGCCUUGACAUCUUUUACCCUUUACCAAGUUUUUAUUUAUGAGCGUGGAAAUCAGAAAGUCUCCAAAGUGUGCAUAUCAAUCUCUGCUGUUGUCUGGUCAGCCGCUAUUGUUUGCCUCAUUGUAGCUUGGCCAAAAAGUAACUGGCUAUGGCUUAUCGAUGUAUUCAAUUCAAUACAGGUUGCGAUGACAACAGUCAAGUACAUCCCUCAGGCUGUGAUGAACUUCAGGCGGAAGAGUACAGUUGGUUGGAGUAUUGGAAAUAUUUUACUUGAUCUUACAGGAGGGGUGCUGAACUUUGGUCAGAUGGGUGUGCAAUCUAUUGAUCAGCACACUUUAGUGAAUUUUUAUGGAAAUAUCGGCAAGACUCUUCUUUCGUUGGAAACUGUUUUCUUCGAUGUUCUCUUCAUAAUUCAACACUAUGUGUUGUACCCUGUCAAACGGGAUGAGAAUGACUCUGAGUACCCUGUUCUCCCCGUUCAAGUGAAAGAUGGGAAAGAUGGGACGCCCGUGUAAACUUGUAGGAUUGGAGAUGAAGAUGGGUCUUAUGGGUCCAAUGAAGCGUGAGGGAGGCUCUCAAGUACUCCCGGGAGUAAUUAACAUGUGUGAUGGAUUUACCAAGGACCAAAAACUAAAGGGCUCAACGAUGAAACGUUCAAAACAAUGCUCCAAGUCUGGCAUUGUCCACAUGUACCCACCAAUAAAAAUAGAUGUCCAUAUGUUAGCUAAGAAGAAGCAUCAGAAAUCCA